GAGAUCUUGUGCAUCCAUGGCUUGCCUUCCACAGCAGCCGUUGUUAUCGUCGCUAUCGGUUGGCUAUCGAUUAGGAACUCGCGACCCACUUGUUCACGUGCGCCACCUGCUGGAUCACCGGGACCAACUUCUGGAAGGCGCCAGUCAAGCGACCAUCUCUGCGUCAAACAACUGUCGCGUGAGGCGAUAACAGCCGCUCAGACUACAAGGGUUUCACAGCAAUGCUCUACUUCUGUAGCAUCCAAAGCGCUGAAGUCUUCGAGACUGCAGGAUGAACUCUCGGUCGGUUCUCCUCCUUCGCGGCUCGCGAUGCCGCCAUAUGCAGGGCAAACACGUACUAGUCGUAUUCGUACACAAUCCCACCAAUCUGGACCAUGGUCAGUCCCGAGUCUUUGAACCGCUGGACACGGCGCCCGGUGCAGGACCCUUGCAGUCUGCCGACUGUGGUGUUGCUGAUCUCUUGUACCUUUCACGAAGAUCUGCUUGAGAG